AUGUAUGGGCUUCAAGGAGGCAUGGCAUAUAUAGGUAGAAUACUCAUCAACUCUGACGACGUAAAUAAUAAUUCCCAACCACAACAUUUGGCUCCUGCUCCUGAGGUGGUGAUUGAAAACCCAUGGAUUGCCUAUAUUGGAUACGAUUUUCUCUGGCUUCCACCAGAAUAUAGAUCUAAUGUGUCUGCUGUCUAUGCGACUAAGGUUGCCAUCGGGUGUUCUUCGGGCCAAGUUCUUCUCUUUGAACUAGAUAUUUUCUAA